AUGAUGUCUUAUGACCGGCAAAAUCUUUUAAUUGAAUUACAAAGUUUGAUGAAUAUGCCACGUAGGAAUAACGGUGAUCGAUGGAAAACAUUUAUAUAUAUUCUUGAAAAGUAUACGCCGAUGGCUCGAUCGCACUUACAAUCGAUUGAUGAUGCUCAUGGUUGGUUGGUUGAUCUAUUGUUACCGAAUAAUGAAAAUCUAUCACCAUUAAUUGAUCGAAGUGAAUAUGAACGAUUUGAAGCAAUCAUGGGUCUACGUCGUAUUUUGGAAUCUAUUAUAUUCGAUCAUUGUGUGAUAUGUGAACGUUUAGAUAACGUUGAAGGACAAUUACAAACGGUUAAAUAA